UUAUAUACUUUCUCCCCCUCGACGCCCCCGUCCAAACACGCACCAAGCCACCAACCGAUUCCGAUCCAACGAUCUCGAUCGCCCGCUCCGCUUCGCUUCCCGAUCGAUCAGCCCCGCCGCCGCGCGCGAUGGCCGACGAGGCGAAGGCCAAGGGCAACGCCGCGUUCUCCGCCGGCCGCUUCGAGGAGGCGGCGGCGCACUUCACCGACGCCAUCGCGCUCGCGCCCGACAACCACGUCCUCUACUCCAACCGAUCGGCGGCCUACGCCUCGCUCCACCGCUACCCGGAGGCGCUCGCCGACGCCGAGAGGACCGUCGCGCUCAGGCCCGACUGGGCCAAGGGUUGCUCCCGCCUCGGCGCCGCGCGCCUCGGCCUCGGCGACGCCGCGGGCGCCGUGGCGGCCUACGAGAAGGGGCUCGCCCUCGAGCCGUCGAACGGGGCACUCAAGGACGGCCUCGCCCAUGCCCGCCAGGCGCGCCGCCCGGCGCCGGCGUCCGGCGCCGGCGCCAUCGGCAAGGUGUUCCAGGGCCCCGAGCUCUGGAGCAGGAUGGCCGCCGACCCCACCACGCGCCCCUACCUCGACCAGCCGGAUUUCAUGCGGAUGCUGCGCGACGUGCAGCGGAAUCCCAGCAGCCUCAACAACUACCUCUCCGAUCCCCGGAUGGUCCAGGUGCUCAGCCUCAUGCUUAACCUCAGGCUACCGAACAAUGACGCGCCUCCGCGGCCGCCGGCGCAGUCGACUCCGCCGCCUCCGCCGCAGCAGCAGCAGCACCAGCCGGAGACGAAGGCGAGGGAACCUGAACCCGAGCCCGAGCCGAUGGAGGUGACAGAGGAGGAGAAGGAGCGGAAGGAAAGGAAGGCCGCAGCGCAGGAGGAGAAAGAAGCGGGCAACGCCGCUUACAAGAAGGAUUUUGAGACGGCGAUCCAACACUACACAAAAGCCAUGGAGCUCGACGAUGAGGACGUCUCCUACCUCACCAACCGAGCCGCCGUUUACCUUGAGAUGGGAAAGUAUGAUGAGUGCAUCAACGACUGUGAUAAGGCUGUUGAGAGGGGAAGGGAACUUCAUGCUGAUUUCAAGAUCAUCUCUAGGGCACUGACCAGAAAGGGAACUGCUCUUGCUAAGAUUGCUAAGUGCUUCAAAGAUUAUGAUGUUGCCAUUGAGACUUACCAAAAGGCUCUGACUGAGCACAGAAACCCAGAUACCCUGAAGAAACUGAAUGAUGCUGAAAUAGCAAAGAAGGAGCUAGAGCAGCAAGAGUACUAUGAUCCAAAAAUAGCUGAUGAGGAGCGAGAGAAAGGUAAUGAAUUCUUCAAGCAGCAGAAAUACCCAGAAGCAGUGAAGCAUUACAGUGAAGCUCUCAGGAGAAACCCCAAGGAUCCAAGGGUAUACAGCAACAGGGCCGCCUGUUAUACCAAGCUUGGAGCAAUGCCUGAAGGUCUCAAAGAUGCUGAAAAAUGCAUUGAACUAGAUCCUACAUUCUCCAAGGGAUACACAAGGAAAGGUGCAAUCCAAUUUUUCAUGAAAGAAUAUGACAAAGCACUGGAAACCUAUCAGGCCGGCCUAAAGCAUGACCCGAACAACCAGGAGUUGCUUGAUGGUGUUAGGAGAUGUGUCCAGCGGAUCAACAAGGCUAGCAGAGGGGAACUGAGCCAGGAGGAAUUGCAAGAAAGACAGAACAAGGCUAUGCAGGACCCAGAAAUCCAGAACAUUCUGAAGGAUCCUAUCAUGCAGCAGGUGUUGACCGACUUCCAGGAGAAUCCGAAGGCUGCUCAGGCGCAUCUCAAGAACCCCGGAGUGAUGCAGAAGAUCCAGAAGCUAGUAAGUGCAGGGAUAGUCCAAAUGAAGUAGACAUGCUGAAAGGGCCAGGGAUAGAGUAAUCUGAUCGGUGUGCCUGGAAACUUCUGAAUGCAAAAUUCGUCGUCGAAUUUUUGUACAGUACAAUCGUGUUUAUGCAAAUUCCGAUUGGUCAUGGCUGAGCCGAAUUUCCAUACUGCUGAUCUUUUACUUUUGA